CAGGGAAUGCUGCCGCGAGACAAACAGCGUCGAACAACACAUUACAAUUACACCCUUGAGAAGCAAAUGUCGCACGUAGAGGCGAAACAGUUUUUCCAGCAACAGCGUCAGAACACUCUUGACGAGCAGAGCUUGACCGCAAGCCCGAUGGCUACGAGUCCAGUGCUAAGAGCGAGGACCCACACUCCACAAGUAGGUGCUGAUACGAAUGGCUUUGGGCGAACUGCGAGUUUGCGUAGUAAGCAUAGUACAAUGAGUUUCAAAGAACCAGGAUACAAGUCAGCUCUACCAGUCGGUCUCAGCGAUCCAAACAAGCAUCCGAAUAGCUCCACCAUUCAAUCCCCAAGUAUUGGUCGCUUCGAAGGCCUCAAUGGCAUCAAUUCUACCGCUGCUGCUGCGGAGGACGAUACUGAAAGCCUUCCGCACGAGUCUAAGCCGCUCCUGGAACAAGAGGGUAUCCACGGAGCGGGUGCAGGCGUCGGCAUAGAUUCGAAAAAUGACCCGGGUGUGACAACCGAACUGCAUGCGAUUUAUUCGAAUAUUCAAAAGAUCCUCGACCUGAGACACAAGUAUAUGCGACUGUCACUUCAAGGUCCGGCAGACAAUCCUCGCGACGAGCCUGAAUGGAACAUAUAUCCUCCGCCUCCGAAUCCAGUGUGGUACGAGAACAAGAAGCGGCAGACCGAGUUGGACGAAGAUGGCAACGAGAAGACGCCCAGCACAUCGCAGACACUGCCGAAGAAGCCUGCACGCAAAAUGGGACAGGACAUUGGAGAGGACUUUGACUUCGAGGAGUGUCUGCCUGUCCCGGACAAGGGCGAAAUGACCUUCAGACUGGAAAAAGGUGGAGUGUAUCAAGUGUACGAGACAUCAAAAUCGGCGGAGCUUGGUGAGCCGAUCUUGCACAUUCCCGAUAUCAGAGAGUACUACAUGGACUUGGACGCUAUCCUCGGAAUUAGCUCGGACGGGCCGAGUAAAUCUUUUGCAUACCGCCGACUGCAGUACCUGGAGGGCAAGUUCAACUUGUACGUUCUCCUGAAUGAGUACCAGGAGAUCGCCGAUACAAAGGCUGUACCUCAUCGUGAUUUCUACAACGUGCGAAAGGUCGAUACUCACGUACAUCACUCCGCGUGUAUGAACCAGAAGCAUUUGCUGCGCUUCAUCAAGAGUAAGAUGAAGAAGUCACCGGACGAGGUGGUACUCUUCAGAGACGGCAAGAACUUGACCCUCAAGGAGGUAUUCGAAAGUAUCAACCUCACGGCGUACGAUCUCAGUAUCGAUACCCUUGACAUGCACGCACACACAGAUUCUUUCCAUCGUUUCGACAAGUUCAAUCUCAAAUACAACCCAGUCGGAGAGAGCAGACUGAGGACGAUCUUCCUGAAGACCGACAACAACAUUCAAGGAAGAUACCUGGCUGAGAUCACGAAAGAGGUCAUGUCCGAUUUGGAGAGCAGCAAGUAUCAAAUGGUCGAAUGGCGCAUCAGCAUCUACGGACGCAGUCUGGAUGAAUGGGACAAGUUGGCCGCGUGGGUCGUGGACAAUAAGCUCUUCUCCCCGAACGUACGGUGGUUGAUUCAAGUACCCCGACUCUACGAUGUGUACAAAGCUUCGGGUCUGAUGGAGACAUACGAGGAGGUUGUGAAGAACGUCUUCCAGCCGCUUUUUGAAGUCACUCAAGACCCGAGCAGCCACCCGAAGUUGCACGUAUUUUUGCAAAGAGUCAUUGGCUUUGACUCGGUCGACGAUGAAAGCAAGAGCGAGCGUCGUAUUUACCGCAAGUUCCCUUUGCCCAAAGACUGGGACACUAAGCAGAAUCCACCCUACAGCUACUGGAUCUACUACCUGUUCGCUAACAUUGCUUCGCUCAACGUGUGGCGCAAGCAGCGGGCGUUCAAUACUUUCGUCCUGCGUCCACACUGCGGUGAAGCGGGUGACACUGAUCAUUUGGCUGCUGCGGUGUUGUGCUGUCAUAGUAUCAGCCACGGUCUGCUCUUACGAAAGGUACCAUUGCUACAGUACAUCUUUUACCUGGAACAAAUCGGUGUGGCCAUGAGUCCUUUGAGCAACAACGCUCUCUUCCUUGCCUACGAACGCAAUCCGUUCCUGCAAUACUUCCGCCGCGGCCUCAACGUCAGCUUGUCCACCGACGAUCCUCUGCAAUUCGCAUUCACCAAAGAGCCCUUGAUCGAAGAGUAUGCCGUGGCAGCCCAGAUUUACAAGCUGUCGGCAGUCGACAUGUGCGAACUGGCCAAACACUCCGUCAUUCAAUCUGGCUUCGAGCAUGUCAUGAAGCAAAGAUGGCUGGGUAACAACUAUCACCAUCCCGGCCCGGCAGGCAACGACAUGGCAAAGGUCAAUGUACCAAACAUCCGCGAGGCCUUCCGUCACGAAACCUGGCUGCAGGAACUUGCCAUG